AUGGUCAAGUCAGAGGUCAAGUCUGAGGUCAAUUCUAUGGUCAAGUCUAUGGUCAAGCCGAUGGUCAAGUCUAUGGACAAGUCUACGGUCAAACCGAUGGUCAAGUCUAUGGACAAGUCUAUGGACAAGUCUAUGGUCAAGUCUAUGGUCAAGUCUAUGGUCAAGUCUGAGGUCAAGUCUGAUGUCAAGUCGAUGGUCAAGUAUAUGGUCAAGUAUAUGGUCAAGUGUGAGGACAAGUCUAUGGUCAAGUCUGAGGUCAAGUCUAUGGUCAAGUCUAUGGUCAAGUCUAUGGUCAAGUCUGAGGACAAGUCUUAUCUGCUCUGCUUCCUGUGGCUCCAUCACUAUCAGCCUCACAUCACAAACUUAAUGUACGACUUCCGCCUGUUUGUGUCCCUGGAUUCAGGACACAAACACGUCAGUCUCUAG